CGCUCCUGCCGCGCUCACUCCACACCGCGCGUCACCGCACACACGUCUCCGCGGCUCCUCUGACGACAAACGCGGCGUCUGAACGAGUGUCUAAAAAAAGAAAAGAAAAGAAAAGUGGUGAAAAGUGAAAGAUGGAGCUGAACGCAGAAGCCCGGCGCAUCCUCGCGGUGUCCAUCAGUAAACUGUACGCGUCCCGGAGCCAGCGCGGCGGCCUCAGGCUUCACCGGAGCCUCCUCGUGUCGCUCGUCAUGAAGUCCGCCCGGGACAUCUACCACUCCACGGCCGCGCUGGUGGAGAGAGCCGCCGCCACCGCCGCCGCGUCCCCGAGCACCGAGGAGGCGAUGGAGGCGAUGGACACGGCGGAGAAACGAGAAAAACAACCCGAGAUGAUCACGGACAACACCGAGGACAAGGAGAACCAGAGCCCCGCCGCCAAACGACCCAGGAAGCGGCCGGGGAAAGUCUCCGCGGUGCCGGACUUCCUCCCCGAGAAGAGGGCGAGACUGGAGCCCGGGGAGGAGCGUCACGAAGCGGCGGCGCAGGGGCAGAGCCUGUGCCGGAGCUCCGUGGUGCCGGAGACUCUGAGCGCGCUGCCGCUGCUCCACCACCGGGUCAUCCCCGCGUUCUGAGCGGAUUUACGCGCAGUUUAAGAUCCAAACGUGACUGAAAGAGUAAAAAACCCGGUGUCCUCCGUCCACGCUGACCGGAAACACAGCGGCUGUUCGUGGGAUCAGCUGCGGGGCCGGUCCGAGAGACGAGCUGCCCCCCGGCCGGAGCGCACUCCAGCCCGGCCUCUGGGAGCGCGGAGCCCCCGGGGAGAAGGCGCGGGGACCGGAGCCAAAGAACAUGGCGGCGCGAGAGAAAAAGAAGAACAACAAAAAAAAAGUUUAAGGAGGAAGAAGAAACUUUUUUUUUUUUUUUUUUUGGAGGCGCUGACUCUGUCUUAGUUUCGCGGUGAUUCACGUCUGAAACCGUGACUCCCGCUGAGUCACGGCGCGUGUCGUAACGCGGACUUACGUUCACAAAAACAGACUUUGGCACCGGUGAUUACGAACUGGACUCGUGUGCGUAAAAGUGCCCGGAUACGCACGAAACGUCAACGAUUUUCCAACGAUUUUCGACGUUUCACACGAUCUUGAGUUGAUCAUGACGAGUUUAAAUGUUGUUUUUCUGCACUAUUGUUUGUCAGACUUUUAAAAAUCCCGCUUUUACGCUUCAAAAAAACAACAACAACAACAUUCUGCUGUUUUUAUUUAAACCAAAACUCGACUUAAAAUGUACCGAGGCUCGAAUUUGUCCUGUAGAAAUGAAAUGUUGCUGUUUUAAAACGCUGCUUUACUCAGUUGUCAUGUCGGUUUUUCGGUUUCUCGGUUUAUCGACGUGGCUUCGGCGGAAUCGAAGCGCGUGUUUUUGCGGGACUUUUUCAUGUCGGACUUGUUUGUGACGAUCGUGAGAGUUUGGGGGAAGUUGGUGAACUCCGGAGGAACUGGUCCGUCCGCUGUUUCCUGGUUACUUGCGGCGAAGAGCCAAAUGACUCGAGGCGACGGCUCAUGAGUCACGCGUGCGGGAAUCGAACCCGCAACCUCACGACAAACCGAGGCCGCGGGGGGAUUCCGGGUCGUCGAGCCGGGACCUGGAUCCCGGUCCGGACCCUGGACUCUGGACUCUGUUGGUGCUGGAAAAGUGUGUGUCAAAUCUCAAAUACCUCCAAUUCAAAGCUGCUAUUUUUAAAUGUGUGUAAAUAUUUAAAUGUUGUAAAGUUUUGUAAUAAACAAAUGUGAAGUUUUUAUAAAA